AUGAUUCCCGUCACGGAAUUGCGCUACUUUGCCGACACCCAGCCGGCGUACCGUAUCCUGAAGCCCUGGUGGGAUGUCUUUACGGACUACAUCUCCAUCGUGAUGCUAAUGAUCGCGGUGUUUGGUGGGACCCUCCAGGUCACCCAGGACAAAAUGAUCUGCUUGCCUUGCAAAUGGGUUACCAAAGAUGCUUGCAACGAUUCUUCCCGCGAAUGGACGGCGGCAAACGUGGACGCCAGUUACUAUAAUGCUUCUCUGGGGCCCUCUGUGGAGCCUGGGCCCACCGGGAUCAAAUAUGAGCUUGACCGUCACCAAUAUAACUACGUGGAUGCCGUGUGUUACGAAAACCGCCUUCACUGGUUUGCCAAAUAUUUCCCCUACCUCGUCCUGCUGCACACCCUCAUCUUCCUGGCUUGUAGCAACUUCUGGUUCAAGUUCCCCAGGACCAGCUCCAAGCUGGAGCACUUUGUCUCCAUCCUCCUAAAAUGCUUCGACUCUCCCUGGACCACGCGGGCUCUGUCCGAGACGGUGGUGGAGGAAAGCGAUCCGAAGCCGGCCUUUGGGAAGAUGAACGGCUCUAUGGAGAAGAAGUCUUCCAACGUCAGUGAGGAUGUGGAAGCCACCGCCCCAAUGCUGCAGAGGACCAAGUCUCGGAUUGAGCAAGGGAUCGUGGACCGCACGGAGAACGGCGUCCUGGACAAGAAGGAAGGGGAGCAGGCCAAAGCUCUCUUUGAGAAGGUCAAGAAGUUCCGGACCCACGUGGAAGAAGGAGACAUUGUCUACCGCCUCUACAUGAGGCAAACCAUCAUCAAGGUCAUCAAGUUCAUCCUCAUCAUUUGCUACACGGUCUACUACGUCAACAACAUAACCUUCGACAUUGACUGCAAAGUGGACAUCGAGAGUCUGACCGGCUACCGCAUGUAUCGCUGCGCUCAUCCCCUGGCGACCCUCUUCAAGAUCUUAGCGUCCUUCUACAUCAGCCUGGUGGUCCUCUACGGCCUGAUCUGCAUGUACACCCUGUGGUGGAUGCUCCGGAGAUCCCUCAAGAAGUACUCCUUUGAGUCCAUCCGAGAGGAGAGCAGCUACAGCGACAUUCCCGACGUCAAGAACGACUUUGCCUUCAUGCUCCACCUGAUUGACCAGUACGACCCUCUCUACUCCAAGCGCUUCGCCGUCUUCCUGUCGGAGGUGAGCGAGAACAAGCUCCGGCAGUUGAACCUGAACAACGAAUGGACCUUGGAGAAGUUGCGCCAAAGGAUCACCAAGAACUCCCAGGAGAAGCUGGAGCUGCACCUUUUCAUGCUCAGCGGCAUCCCCGACACGGUCUUUGACCUGGUGGAGCUGGAGGUCUUAAAACUGGAGCUCAUUCCCGACGUCACCAUCCCGCCCAGCAUCGCCCAGCUCACCAGCCUCAAGGAACUGUGGCUGUACCACACGGCAGCCAAAAUCGAGGCCCCGGCUCUGGCCUUCUUGAGGGAGAACCUGAAAUCCUUGCACAUCAAGUUCACGGACAUCAAGGAGAUUCCGUUGUGGAUUUACAGCCUGAAGACGCUGGAAGAGCUUCACCUGACGGGGAACUUGAGUGCCGAAAACAACCGGUACAUCGUGAUCGACGGUCUACGGGAGCUGAAGAGGCUCAAAGUGUUGAGGCUGAAGAGUAACCUGACCAAGCUGCCCCAGGUGGUGACGGACGUGGGGGUCCAUCUCCAGAAGCUGUCCAUCAACAACGAGGGCACCAAGCUCAUGGUCCUCAACAGCCUGAAGAAGAUGGUCAACUUGACGGAACUGGAACUCAUCCGCUGCGACCUGGAGCGCAUCCCUCACUCCAUCUUCAGCCUCCACAACCUGCAGGAGAUCGACCUCAAGGACAACAACCUCAAGACCAUCGAGGAGAUCAUCAGCUUCCAGCACCUCCAUCGCCUCACUUGCCUUAAACUCUGGUACAACCAAAUUGCCUACAUCCCCGUGCAGAUCGGCAACCUCACCAACCUGGAGCGCCUUUACCUGAACCGGAACAAGAUUGAGAAGAUCCCCACCCAACUCUUCUUCUGCCGGAAACUUCGCUACCUGGAUCUCAGCCACAACCUGUUGACUUGCAUACCGGCGGAAAUCGGAGCGUUGCAGAAUUUGCAGAACCUGGCGGUGACAGCCAACAGGAUCGAGGCUCUCCCCGCCGAGCUGUUCCAGUGCCGGAAAACAAGGACUUUGCACCUGGGCAACAACGUGUUGCAGUCAUUGCCUUCCCGGGUGGGCGAGCUGACCAACCUGUCUCAGAUCGAACUGCGCGGCAACCGCCUGGAGUGCCUGCCGGUGGAGCUGGGCGACUGCCCCUUGCUGAAGCGCAGCGGGCUGGUGGUGGAGGAAGACCUCUUCAACACCCUGCCCUUGGAGGUCAAGGAGCGGCUGUGGCGGGCGGACAAAGAGCAGGCUUGA